GGCGGGCCGCGCAUGCGCCGCGCGGCGCUGCAGUGCUCGGAGUGGGGGCGCGGCCGGGCGGGGGGCGGCGGCCGCCAUCUUGGGCGCGGGGCGGCGGGCGGCGAGCGGUGGUGGCAGGUCUUAAGCAACAUGGGAAGAGAAGACUAAAGUUCCAUCAUGAUCGGAGGCUUAUUCAUCUAUAAUCACAAAGGAGAGGUUUUAAUCUCUCGAGUCUACCGGGAUGACAUUGGGCGGAAUGCCGUUGACGCCUUCCGCGUCAAUGUCAUCCACGCACGGCAGCAGGUACGCUCGCCUGUCACCAACAUCGCCCGCACAAGUUUCUUCCAUGUCAAACGUUCCAACAUCUGGCUGGCUGCUGUCACCAAGCAGAAUGUCAACGCUGCCAUGGUAUUCGAGUUUCUUUACAAGAUGUGUGACGUGAUGACUGCCUACUUCGGGAAGAUCAGUGAAGAGAACAUAAAGAACAACUUUGUGCUGAUCUAUGAACUACUGGAUGGUGAGAUAAAUCUGGACUUUGGCUAUCCUCAGAACUCAGAAACAGGGGCCUUGAAGACCUUCAUCACUCAGCAAGGCAUCAAGAGUCAGACUAAGGAAGAGCAGUCACAGAUCACCAGCCAGGUGACUGGACAGAUUGGAUGGAGACGUGAAGGGAUCAAAUAUCGUCGCAAUGAACUCUUUCUUGAUGUGCUGGAGAGUGUGAAUCUCUUGAUGUCUCCCCAGGGUCAGGUUUUGAGUGCCCACGUCUCUGGCAGAGUGGUGAUGAAGAGUUAUCUGAGUGGAAUGCCAGAGUGCAAGUUUGGCAUGAAUGACAAGAUUGUAAUUGAAAAACAGGGCAAAGGGACUGCGGAUGAAACGGGGAAAAGUGGCAAACAGUCAAUCGCCAUCGAUGACUGCACUUUCCAUCAGUGCGUGAGGCUCAGCAAGUUUGAUUCUGAGAGGAGCAUCAGCUUCAUUCCACCAGAUGGAGAGUUUGAGCUCAUGAGAUACCGAACCACUAAGGACAUUAUCCUUCCCUUCCGUGUGAUCCCACUGGUGCGGGAGGUGGGUCGGACCAAGCUGGAAGUGAAGGUGGUGAUCAAAUCAAAUUUCAAACCUUCCUUGCUGGCCCAGAAGAUAGAGGUCCGGAUCCCAACGCCCCUCAAUACCAGUGGAGUGCAAGUCAUCUGUAUGAAAGGGAAGGCAAAGUACAAGGCCAGUGAGAAUGCCAUUGUCUGGAAGAUAAAACGUAUGGCUGGAAUGAAGGAAUCCCAGAUCAGUGCAGAGAUCGAGCUGCUGCCCACCAAUGACAAGAAGAAGUGGGCUCGGCCCCCAAUCUCCAUGAACUUUGAGGUCCCGUUUGCACCCUCUGGGCUGAAGGUGCGCUACCUGAAAGUCUUUGAGCCAAAGCUGAACUACAGUGACCAUGAUGUGAUAAAAUGGGUGAGGUACAUUGGCAGGAGUGGGAUCUACGAGACCAGAUGCUAGCCCCAGCAGGCUAGCGGGCCCCCUCUUCUCCAAGCCAUCCUCCGCCUCUCCUCAGUCUUCAACUACAUCCAGAGAAAACAUCUGCCUGGCCCCUCUAUGCCAGAAAGACCCUGUGGCUCACCUUGGGAGCGGACUCGCCUGCCUGUGCUUGGUUACCACCCAUACUGCAGCUGAAGUUCAGAGCUCAGUCGCACACAGGAGUGCGAUCAGCCUCUUGCUCCCCGUCCCAGGGUGGGGAAGGGCUAGUCUAACUCCCAUCCUCUUGUGAUCUUUCUA